AUGGGAGUUACAUUCUUGUCUCUUUUCUGGAUCCUGAAACAACGGGGUCGUGGACUAAGCUACGGCAGACUGUUUGGUUCCAACAACGACGACGACACUAAUAAUUAUGACAAUCAACCAGAAGAAGAAGAAGAAGAAGAAGAAGAUAAGAAAAACUCGUCGUCGUUAUUGGAUACGAGCUUUUCUUUCAAGAAUCUUGUUCUUGAUCAAGAAAACUUGUCAAGAAUUAGUGGCAACGCCUUCUAUGAGUUCGUUGCCGCUGGUACUACUACUACUACUACUAAUCAAAAUCAUCAUCCAAGACCACCGGCCGUUAGUAGUAGUAGUAGUACUGAUAGUGAGCUCGAUGCGGCAGCUCUCAAGAUUCAGAAAUUCUACAAGAGCUAUCGAACUCGUAGGAAUCUUGCAGAUUGUGCCGUCGUUGUCGAAGAACUUUGGUGGAAAGCUCUAGAUUUUGCAGCUCUAAGGCGGAGCUCAGUGUCGUUUUUCUGCCACGACAAGCCGGAGAGUGCGGUGUCACGAUGGGGGCGAGCUCGUACUAGGGUCGCAAAGGUAGGGAAAGGGUUAUCACAAGACAAAAAUGCUCAAAAGCUAGCCAUCUGUCAUUGGCUUGAAGCGAUUGAUCCACGCCAUCGCUAUGGGCAUAAUCUGCAGCUAUACUACAAUGUUUGGUUCACAAGUCAAAGCACACAACCUUUCUUUUACUGGUUGGAUAUUGGAGAUGGAAAAGAAAUAAGUGUUGAAAAUUGCCCAAGAAACUUACUGUAUUCGCAGUGCAUAAAGUAUCUUGGACCUAAAGAAAGGGAAGAAUAUGAGGUGAUCAUUGAAAGCGGGAAAUUAAUGUACAAACAAAGCCGAAGAUUUGUGAAAACCAUCCAAGGAACUAAAUGGAUCUUUGUACUUAGCACGUCAAGAGCCUUGUACGUUGGACAAAAGCAAAAGGGUAUGUUCCAGCAUUCCAGUUUUUUGGCCGGCGCAGCCACUACAGCAGCUGGCCGGAUUGUUGUUCACGAUGGAGUCCUCCAGGCUAUAUGGCCCUAUAGUGGUCAUUAUCACCCAACUGAAGAAAAUUUUAACGAGUUCCUUUCUUUUCUUGAGCAACAUCAAGUGGAUUUGACCAAUGUCAAGAAAUCUCCAUUAGACGAAGAUGAUCCAUUUCACACUGCUACGUCUGAUGAGAAAUCAAAGUCCAACUCGUCGAAUAAGGGGAAACCAUCAACUAAAAUUCAGCCUUUCAUAGAAGAUAGACUGCCGUCAAAAGAAACAGUAAAUGGCCGUGGAAAAAAGAUAGGGAUACAAGAGCUAGCCGGCAAUUUGAAAUCCCCAAGGUGGACAUCGGGGACAGGUCCCAGGAUCGGUUGUGUAAGAGACUACCCAAUCAAACUACAAUCUCAAGCACUUGAACAAGUGAAUCUAUCACCAAGGAUGGCUACAAAUAAUGCUAGUAGUAGCCGCCCAAUCCCUUCUCCGAGACCAAGUCCUUGUGUGCAUCUUUCACCAAGACUUGUUAACAUGGGUCGAUCCGACAUAUAUACCAGUAACAACUAAAACUGGAACCAUAUAUAUAUAAGCUGUUGCUUUAAUUUGACAUAUUAGAUACGAUUAAUUCUUUUAGUUGCCAAGAGAGUUCGAUCUCUA